AUGUCUGCUAUCGUCGGUGAAUGGUCUGGCUACUGUGCCUAUCCUGACGGCUCGAAGCGCGAUUGGAAUUUCAACAUCAGCGAGACCGCUAAUAACGCUGUCUUCAUCGGCACCGGGUCUGAGUCCCGCGGUGACUUUGACCUCGUCGCGGGUCAGGUUAUCCCCGCCGACGGAGGGAGCGCUGUAACAUUUGCCCAAAUUUACAAGUCCAUCUGGGACGGUCAGAUCUGGACCUUCCGUGGCACCCUCUCACCUGACGGGAACACCCUGAGUGGCGAGUGGUACGACUCUCCGGCGGACGGGCGCAACCGCAUCGGCACCUGGAGCGCCCUGCGAGGUCCGAUUUCUCCACUGGCCGGCAGCUGGAGCGGAACGUACUCUUAUCCCGACGGGUCCACAAGCAAUUUCACCCUCAACAUCCCGGACUUCACUGUCGGCGCUAAGUUCCAGGGCACCGGCCAUGAUGACGCAGAGUUUAGUGUUGAGGGCACUGGGGUAGAGAGCGUGACGUCUGGUAAGGGUGGUUUCUCUUGGAUCCAGACAUACGAUUCACAGUGGCAUGGCCAGGUUUGGUUCUGGGAUGGUGUGCUGAGUGAGGAUGGAAAUGAGAUCAAUGGCCGAUGGCAUGAUUCUGCAAAUGAUAGUAGACAGAGAAGUGUUAGCUUCGUCUUACAGCGUGAUUAA